UUAAAAUAUUAUUGUGCGCUGAAAUUUAUUAUUUCACAAGUUUAAUUUAAAAAUCGUUAACUAUGUUUAUCUGUCAAACUAACCUAACCUAUUGAUGACUUAUCACAGUUUUUUACUUAAUCAAGUGAUAAUCUUCGAAUUAUUUUACUAAAUAUAUAAUCAUCCAAAAUGUCGACAUCGGCAAUAUACAUUUUGGAUGUAAAAGGAAAAGUCUUGAUAUCCCGCAACUAUCGCGGUGACAUCGAGAAUGGUAUUAUUGACAAAUUCAUGCCGCUGGUGAUGGAACGAGAGGAAGAGGGUAAUUUAACACCAUUACUUCAAACACCCGAGUGUACAUACGCAUACAUAAAAUAUAAUAAUUUGUACAUUGUAUCGACGACUAAAAAAAAUGCCAAUAUAUCUUUGGUAUUUGUAUUUCUCCACAAAGUUGUCCAGGUAAUGCAGGAAUACUUCAAAGAGCUUGAAGAGGAGAGCAUACGUGAUAAUUUUGUUGUUAUUUAUGAGCUCCUGGACGAAUUGCUUGAUUUUGGUUACCCGCAGACAACUGACAGUAAAAUAUUGCAAGAGUAUAUAACGCAGGAGGGACACAAACUCGAAAUUCAACCGCGUAUACCGAUGGCUGUUACCAACGCGGUGUCAUGGCGGUCAGAGGGCAUUAAGUAUCGCAAAAAUGAAGUAUUUCUUGACGUUAUUGAGUCGGUUAAUUUAUUAGCGAAUGCAAACGGCAAUGUGCUGAGUUCAGAGAUAGUUGGUGCUAUCAAAAUGCGGGUUUAUCUGUCGGGUAUGCCAGAACUUCGUCUUGGUUUGAACGACAAAGUACUGUUUGAAUCGACUGGUCGUGGUAAGUCGAAGAGUGUUGAAUUAGAGGACGUUAAAUUUCAUCAGUGCGUAAGAUUGUCGCGUUUUGAAAAUGAUCGGACAAUAUCAUUCAUACCGCCGGACGGUGAAUUUGAAUUAAUGUCAUACCGUUUAAAUACACACGUUAAACCACUGAUAUGGAUUGAAUCGGUUAUUGAAAGACAUGCUCACAGUCGUGUUGAAUAUAUGAUUAAAGCUAGGUCCCAAUUUAAACGCAGGUCUACAGCUAAUAAUGUUGAAAUAGUUAUACCGGUACCGAACGAUGCUGACUCGCCUAAAUUUAAAACAACUAUUGGCAGUGUUAAAUAUUCGCCAGAGCAAAAUGCUAUUACAUGGUCUAUUAAAUCAUUUCCUGGUGGUAAAGAAUAUUUGAUGCGUGCACAUUUUGGUUUGCCGUCGGUUGUUGGUGAAGAUGUAGAGGGUAAACCGCCUAUUCAAGUUAAAUUUGAAAUACCCUAUUUUACAACAUCCGGUAUACAAGUACGUUAUUUAAAAAUAAUUGAAAAAAGUGGAUACCAAGCGUUACCUUGGGUACGUUAUAUUACGCAAAAUGGUGAUUAUCAAUUGAGAACAAAUUAAUUUAUUCAUUUUAUUUUUAAAAUCACUAUUUUUAAUUAUGCGAUCAUUCAGCAGAUGACAAGACUUCAGAACUCGUUAAAAAUUUUCCAAUUCAAAUAUACUUGAUAAAAAAAGAAUUAAUAAAUAAAUAAAUAAAUAAAUAACCUGAUAAAAUUAAUAUUUUAAUGUAAUAUAAAAUAUUAAAUAGGUUUGUUUUGUUUUAGUCAGAAAUUUUUUCACGAGGCUAUUGUUGAAGUAGUUAUGUUGUUAUGUGACCACAAUAGGCAGCCAAUUAAAAAUUU